GAGAAAAAGUCCAGUCUCCUCGCACGGUUCCAAAACUUUUCUCCUACAGCCACAAUUCUACACACCACCACGGAGAAAAAUGCAACCUUUUGCGUUGUUCCCAUCCGUGAGCGACGUCGACGCUGAGAGACUUGCCCAGGGGCCCACCUAGAGACGAGGAAUUAUUGCUGCGGUCCCAUUCGGGAGCGGCGACGGCGAGAGCUCCGCUGUGGGCCCCGCCGGGAAAUCUGGCCUCCGGCCAAUGGGAGUCGGAAGAAGAGGAUGCCCUUCUUCUCCGUCGGCCAAUGGCGUUGCAGAUAAGGUCACGGUUGUGGGCCCCAGCCAUUGGAAAAGAUCAAGGCGCCGUGGGCCCACCGUCGGCCCAAAAGUGCACCUCCGAUGGCCCACCUCAUCCUUCUCAGUACAGUUUGCCUCUCUGUUAGAGUCUUCUGCAGCUCCCAAAACAUACGAGCAAGAGCUCGUGUGAUAUUUAUCAGCUAACGUCUACGAGAACGUUGUGCCUCUUCUGUCCACCUUAGCAGCAAGUGAUGAGCCACUUCGAGAAGCAAAGGUCGCCCGAGGUCGUGGCGUCUAGCGCGGUGGCCGGGAAGACCGCCCGUGCGUGCGACGGGUGCGCCCGCCGCCGCGCGCGGUGGUACUGCCCUGCCGACGACGCUUUCCUCUGCCAGAACUGCGACUUCUCCGUCCACUCCGCCAACCCCCUCGCUCGCCGCCACCGUCGCGUUCGUCUCAGAGCCGCCGACGUGGAUUCGGAAGAGUCGUCUCCCUCUUGGCUCCGGGGAUUCAAGCGCAAGGCCCGGACCCCCCGCGCGCACCAGCAUGAGAAGACGACCUCUGGAGCGCGGAGACUGCGACCGACGACCGUGCCGGAGCUCAUCGAGACAUCGGUCGAUGAGACCGAGGAGGAGGAGGAGCAGCUUCUCUACUGCGUCCCGGUGGUCGACCCGGCCCUCGCGGAAUUCUGCUCCCCCCCCAUGCUCGACGACUCGAACACUUGUUCCGGCGACGAAACUAAGCCGACGAUGGAUUCAACAGACGGCACCCCUGCGUCCACCUCCACCGUGGAUACCGCUAAUAGGCUGGCCCCGUUCCUCCCGUCGGUCACGGAUCUCGCGGAGUUCGCAGCCGACAUGGAGAGCCUUCUCGGUGGAGGUCUCGAUGCGCGCGACGGCUCCUUCUCGAUGGAGAAGCUCGGGCUGGUAAACUCGAUGGAAGACAACGUCGACUAUUGCUUGGACAGUGCCGGCAGAUUGAAGACGGAGCAGCCGGACGAUACAGAACAGUGCCCAGUCGAACUGGACAUCGACAAGUCGAGCGAGACGCUGGAGCUGGACCUCGACUGGCCAGGGUCGUCGACAGCUAAAGAGGAGGAACUCGAAGAAGAGAAUGUGGAGGUGGCGUCGGAGCAGCAACAAGUGACAAAGAAAGCCAAAUUAAGACUCGACUACGAAGCGGUCAUAUCCGCGUGGUCGAGCUAUGGCUCUUCACCAUGGACCGACGGCGAGCGGCCACAGAUUAAUCUAGACUAUUAUUGGCCCGACUACAUGGGUGUGCGGGUGGAAGUAGGAGGAGGAGGAGGAGGAAGAGGGGAGACACCGGGAACCGGGCACGGCAGCGACACAGGAGUGGGAUUUGUGGAUGUGGGGAGGCAGGCGAGGGUGACGAGGUACCGGGAGAAGCGGCGGACGAGGCUGUUCGCGAAGAAGAUACGGUACGAGGUGCGGAAGCUGAACGCGGAGAAGCGGCCGAGGAUGAAGGGUCGAUUUGUGAAGCGAGCUCCGGGAUCAGCCUUUGCUCACUGAGGCGGUCAUUCCGGUUCCAGUUUCCAGGUGCUCAACUGGGUAAAUAAUAUACUCUCACCUUUCUCUUUCCUUUUCCCAUCAUAAUUUUUGGGCCCUUCUGCAUCUGUCAAGAGUUCUUGGGGGGGGAUGCCAAUUAUUUUUAUGAUGGAAUUUCUAAUAAUUCCACCUUUUUAUUAACCCCUACGUCAAAUCUAGUCACUAAGAUCUAAAUAGGACUUUUAACACUUGGAGCUCAGAUUUGACCUCAUAGUUAUGCUGAAAAAAAUGUAUAUAAUUCCUCUUUAAUUCAAUGAUAUUGAAUUAUCUAAUUACCACCAAUUCAA